GUUCUCAGUUGUUCAAUACAAUCCUCUAAAACCAUCAUUCAUCAGAAAUUCGAUUUCCAAUUAGUAAAAUGUCUCUGAUUCCAAGCAUCUUCGGAGGUCGCCCCCGGAGCCACGUUUCCGACCCGUUCUCUCUCGAUUUCUGGGACCCCUUCCAGGGAUUCCCGUUCUCAAACGCCGUCGGCGCGCCGAGCGAGACCUCGGCGUUCGCGAACCCGCGGAUCGACUGGAAGGAGACGCCGGAGAGCCACGUGUUCAAGGCGGAUCUGCCGGGGCUGAAGAAGGAGGAGGUGAAGGUGGAGGUGGAGGAGGGGAGGAUUCUGCAGAUCAGCGGCGAGAGGAGCGGCGAGAAGGAGGAGAAGAACGACAAGUGGCACCGCGUGGAGCGGAGCAGCGGCAAGUUCCUGCGGCGGUUCCGGCUGCCGGAGAACGCGAAAUUGGAGCAGGUGAAGGCGUCGAUGGAGAACGGAGUGCUCACCGUGACGGUUCCCAAGGAGGAGGUGAAGAAGCCGGAGAUCAAAUCCAUUGAGAUCUCCGGCUAGACGGCCGCUGUGAUAUAUUC